CAGAGAUUCGACUCGAGCCAUGCUGAACCGCUGUCUAGUGGAGACGGUUCUGCCCGCUACUAAAGGGCCAAACUAACACGGUCAGGCCACCCGGCUCUGGACACCCGUGACACUAACUGAGGCUAUUCUUACUGCUUGACUGUGCACACACAUCGAAAUAGUAUACUUACCCCUAAACCAAACGCCACUCCGUCCGACGUCGUGAUAUGUAUACCGAGCGACCCUCCUGGACCCUGACGGGUCUUUGUCUCCCUGUCGUUUGCUCUCUUCCCGCUCUGUCGAACAAUCUCUACGUCAAUCCAACGGCACCGUUGUCAUGAUGUCCAGGUAACCCGAAGUAGAACACGAACUCUUGAGGAAUCGCUUGUGGGUGCCUGUACUAUCGUGCAUAUAAUGGAGGAUCGCAGCGGGCUGGUGCUGGGUGUGGCUGUCUUAUUCUUUGCCUUAUCUUGGAUCGCCGUCGGCCUGCGCAUCUACUGCUGUGGAUGGAUUAUACGCUCUUUCAGGGUCGAUGACAAGCUCAUGGUUGGUCUCAUGUUCGUUUAUACCGCCUACCUUAUCACACUGUUUCAAGGCGUUCGUUACGGUACUGGUCGACACAGAGUCGACCUCAGCCAGGAAGACAACCGCAAUGCGCUCAUGUUCUGGUACAUCUGCGAACUACUCUACAUCAUCUCUACAUGUCUUCUCAAGAUCUCCGUCGGUUACUUCCUCCUGCGGGUCUCCAUCCGCCGCGUCCACAUAUGGAUUAUCCGUCUCCUUAUGCUCGGCACCAUACUUUUCGGUACCGCGUUCUUCUUCCUGGUCAUGUUCCAGUGCACGCCCAUACCAACCUUCUGGGAGCAGUCACCUCGCGUGCCGGACAAGUGCCUUAGCAAUAGCGUCGUCUUCAUCACCACAUACACAGCAUCAAUCAUCAACUGCCUUGCUGACUGGGCUUUUGCGAUCCUCCCGCUCUUCAUCCUCUGGUCACUCUCACUACCCAAAUGGACCCGGAUUCUUGCCGUCGCCAUCCUGUGCUUUGCCGCCAUCGGCCCUGUUGCGACCAUCAUCCAAUCGGUCUACAUACCGACCCUCCUCGACGGCGACGAUUUUCUAUGGUCCACGACCGACCUCGCCCUUUGGAGUACCGUCGAGCCCGGCAUCGGCAUCACGGCCGCGUCCAUCGCCACCCUACGCCCCCUGUGGCAACUAUUGGGGAACCGUCCCGUUUCGGGUCCCCAAACGCCUCGUUCCGUAGCCUGGCGAGAGCAUUUCCAGGCGAAGCCGGGCUACGUUCGGAGCGACGGGUCCGAUCCGCGUCAAGAUCCCCUAGAACCUAUGCCAAACUAUGUUUCUCACGACGAGUAUGAGGCAGAGACGGGUUUCAUGUUCCAGUCGGAGUUGCCGCCCGUCCACAUUUCGCAGAACCGCUUCAGCUUGUCGACGACCUCGCACCGGAGCCGCCGGAGCCGCUCGAGCAGGUAUUUCGAGACAGCUCCACCCGCGGAAGAUGAAAGUAGCGAAGGCCACAGGCGGAGCGCUGAAAACGUACCGAACGAUGAUGUGGAAUCAUUGGUCACGUCCCGCGAGGACGGCGAUGGCGCUCAAUGGCUGUGCCCCCCCCGUUCCCACGACAGAUACGAGGACUACGACUUUGAGACCGAAGACGGGUUCAACCUGACGCUGAUGGCUACAACUCAGGGCGCCCCGACCAUCAACUGGUCCAGUCCGCGCGUGUCGACCAUCUCCAUGGGUUUCGCCCCGUCCCGUCGCAAUUCGGCGCAAUCCGCCGCUCCGUCAUGGGGCCUCAGCAAGUGCAACGGCACGAGCAGGAUCAGCAGGAUGAGCGGCUCGGUUGCCAAUCACCGUAGCAGCUUUGGGACGAGCAAAGUGAGCUGGCGCAGCAAUACGUUACACAAAAACGGCAGCAUCAGGGCCAGCAGCAUCGGGGCCAGUAAGCUCAGGGCCAGUAGGCUCAGCAGCGUCAUCAACGCCAACCAGGCCACUGACGGCCGCGCCAACACGGACAGCUACGCCGGGACACUGGCCAUCAGCAGGGACCCGAGCCCGAACCCGAGCCGGCGCGGCAGCAGCGUCAGCGGCAGCGAGAGCAAGUCCGACCGGCAAGACUCGCGAGGCCGGACGCCGCCGCGGGCGAGCGGCCACUACGCCCUGGGGUCCCAGUUCCUGGCGCCGCCGGCGGUAGACUUCCAGAUGCCGAGCCCCCCUCCCAGCGUGUGGCGGGGCAGCGUCACCGCCGGGGACGCGACCGACUCGGCGCAGUGGCUCUCAUCCAAGAUGGUGGACCACCUCGAGCACCCGGAUCCCAUGUAGCAGUAGCAGG